AUGGAUCCGUACUACGUGCUGAUUCUCGGCACUCCACUUGUUGUUCAGCUGAAGAUCAAUCUGACACUGACCAUAGCCAUAGCCCUUGAGCGAACGCUGGCUCUCUUAUUUCCUGUCACCUAUCGCAAAUUUCCUGCGUCCAAAUAUGCGAUGUACUGCCUGUUAAUCGGCUGCCUACUGGGAACUGUUGACCUCGUUGUGCAUUUCGUUCUCACUCCGUUUCAUAGAUCACCUCAAUGUGGAGCUUUUGGAUGCUUCAUUAGCAAAGAGUUUCGGUACUACAUGGAAAUAGCAAUAUGGUAUAAGCCUGAUUUUGGGUAA